AUGGAAAGUACUGGAAGUGGAGCAUCGUUCCUCCUUGUGCUGCUUAGCCACACUUGGAAGAUUGGGUUUCCCGUUCUAGCACCAAUUUCCAGUCCUAACAUCAGUCCUGACAAAGCUGUUCUGGUAACUGUUCUAGCACCAGUCCUAGCAGCAUUCCUAGCACGCCAGAACCAGAACCGCCAGAACCAUGUGCUAAAACCAGGUGCAAGAACCAGGUGCUGGAACAAGGUGCUGGAGCAAGGUCAAUCGAAACCAGUUUCCUUGUUCAUAAACAGAAACUACUAUCGGAUCGCAUGCCAGGGUGGUGUCAAGGGUAUUACGAGUCAUGGCUUCGCCAUGACCCCUUCUUCUUGA